GUUUCCUGUUCAAAUUGUUUGCAUGUAUGGAUAUCCAGUUUCCAUUUUCUCCCCUUUACUUCUCAACAGGCCUCUUCCUCUUGUUUGUAAUAAUCCGUGUGUUCAAAAGCUUCAACUCACCUAAUUCAAACAAAAACCUUCCUCCACAGCCAUGGAAGCUCCCUCUAGUUGGCCACAUUCAUCAUCUCCUAGGAGCACAACCACAUGAAGCUCUAAGAAACAUAGCCCGAAAACUAGGACCGAUUGUUCAUCUACAACUCGGCCAAGUCUCCGCUAUCAUAAUCUCAUCUCCUACUUUGGCAAAAGAGAUUAUGAAAAAUCAUGAUCUCUCUUUUGCAAAUAGGGCCAAGGUUUUUACUGUCGAGAUGGUGACGUACGACUACAAGGACAUAGCAUUCACUUCUUACGGCGAAUACUGGAGACAAAUGCGUAAGAUAUGCGUCUUAGAACUUCUAAGUGCAAGAAAAGUUCAAUCGUUUCGAUCUAUCCGUGAACAAGAGUCAUGGGACCUGGUUGAUUCCAUUGCUACACAAAGUUCAAAACCAAUCAACCUCUCUGUCAAGCUUUCUACCAUGAUUAACACCAUUGUAACUAGGCUUAGUGUUGGGAGCCGAUGCAAGGAUCAAGCCGUGCUUAUUGACUUGAUUCAACAGACUGUCGAGUCGUCUGGUGGUUUUGAUGUUUCUGAUCUCUUUCCGUCUAUCAAAAUACUGCCUCUAAUUGCUGGCUCAAGGAAAAAGAGAUUGAAUAUACACAACAAGAUGGAUGUGAUUUUGGAAGGCAUCAUAUUGGAGCACAUAGAACGUGGUGUCAAUAGAGCUAGUGACCAUGGGAACGAAGAAGAUCUUGUUGAUGUUCUAUUGAGGAUCAAAAAUGAAGGUGGUCUUGAGUUUCCGUUAAGUUUUGAGAACAUCAAAGCUGUCAUCGUGAAUAUGUUUGUAGCAGGCUCCGACACUUCUUUCGUGACAAUCGAAUGGGCGAUGUCAGAGCUAAUGAAGAAUCCAAGGGUGAUGAAGAAAGUACAAGAUGAACUCAGACAUGUACUUAAAGGAAAGACAAAAAUCCACGAAUCAGAUAUUGAAGAACUAGACUACCUUAAACUUGUCAUUAAGGAAACUUUAAGGUUGCAUCCUCCUCUUCCUUUUUUAAUACCUAGAGAGUGUCGGGAAAGUUGUGAGAUUGGAGGAUUCAGUAUUCCAGUCAAAACUAAAGUUCUAAUCAACACAUGGAUGAUUGGACGAGAUCCAGAUUAUUGGAUUGAGCCUCAAAGUUUCAUUCCUGAGAGGUUUAGUGAGAGUGCUGCUAACAUUAACUUGAUGGGAACAAAUUUUGAAUAUCUCCCGUUUGGGGCCGGAAGAAGAAUGUGUCCGGCCAUGCUCUUAGGCUUGGCUAAUGUGGAGCUUCCGCUCGCGAUGCUAUUGUACCACUUCGAUUGGGAACUUCCAAAUGGACAAACAUAUGAAAAACUUGAUAUGUCUGAGUCCUCUGGAGCUACUUUAAAGCGGAAGAAUAACUUGCUUUUAGUUUCACAUCCUUACAACACCAAAUAUUAGCAUUUUGUAUUGUAAUCAUUUUCUACUUUUCAAUUUCGGCUCUUUAUGUGUAAAACUUUUGUGCAUCAAGGAAUAAUUUAAACCUUUUAUCAAAAAAAAAUUGUUGCAAUUUAA